GGGUGCGAACUGGUGCCCAAUCCACGAGAGGAAAGUGGGGCUGGGGAAGUGAGCGGCUGAGCGCCGGCCGGGAAAUUCUUUUCUUGUUUGUGGUGCGGGUCGGUCCAGGCCGCUCCGGGGGAGAUCUUCGAGACUCGGGAAUUUUCGGCGGGCGUAUCCCCUCCCCAAGGAAUUGGGGGCGGGAGGGGGGUCUGACUGAGGGAGAGAGACAGGGAGAGAGAGAGAUUUCCCCCUCCCGGAGCUCGGACAAAUCGUCAUCGUUGGGAGUGAGGAGGGUUUAUUUAUCGAUCCGGCUGGUGAAAAAGCUUUGGGGAGGGGGCGAAUCCGGGGGAUGGAGUGAAGCCCCCCCCCCCCCCCCCCCCCAGACUCGGCUUGUGGGAUCCAUCGGGCCCGAUGGCGGCGGCGGUUAAUUAUUCCCCUCCCUGGUGGGUGAACCUCCUUCACCGUCUCCCCCACAUCAACAUCCAGCUAGAGACGGUCAACAGCGAGUUCCAACCCGAGGACUCCCAGUACCAGGAGUCACUCUUGCUGUUGGGUGGAGUUGCUCUGGUCUGCCUUGCCCUCAACCUCCUCUUCCUUCUCUUCUAUUCCUUUUGGCUGUGUUGUCGGAGGAAGAGUGAAGAUCAGCCCAACGCAGACUGCUGCUGUACAGCAUGGUGUGUCAUCAUAGCAACGCUUGUGUGCAGUGCGGGAAUUGCUGUUGGUUUCUAUGGUAAUGGAGAAACCAGUGAUGGAAUCUUCCGACUUGCCUACUCGAUGAGACAUGCGAAUCGCACUAUAACAGGAGUUGAGUACCUGGUUUCUGAGAGUACACGGGACCUGAAUCGGACCGUAGAAGGGAGUGUUCGUACCUUGGAGGAUUUGUUCACAAAAGAACCACGGUAUCUAGAGAGAGUGCAGAAGUCAAAAGGUCUGCUUGGAGAACUGGUUACACAGCUAACUGCAAUUCCAUUUUGGGAGAAAAAUGACGUAUCUUUGGAAGAGUUAGCUAUCUUUGUUGAAUUGUAUGACUAUUACAGGUGGUUGGGGUAUCUUGGCCUGCUGCUUUUCGAUGUUCUAAUCUGUCUACUGGUGCUGUUUGGGCUAAUCCGAAACUCAAAGGGAAUCCUCAUCUGCGCGGCUCUCCUGGGAGUGUUAACCUUGAUUAUCAGCUGGAGUUCACUUGGUCUGGAACUGGCAGUGUCAGUGGGUUCUAGUGAUUUCUGUGUGUCUCCUGAAGCAUAUGUCUCCAAAAUGGCAGAAGAGCAUGGCCUUAUUGCUAAAGAGGUUUUAAAUUACUACCUGGUAUGCAACAUUGGAUACCCAAAUCCUUUUCAACAGAAACUCUCUAGCAGUCAUAAAGCCCUGGUGGAGAUACAGGAUCACAUAUCGGAGCUCCUAAAAUCAGCUGUACGCGAAUUCCCAUCCUCUCGUGAAUAUCUGGACCGGACCCAAGUAGUACUGAACUCAACAGAGACCACCCUGCAGCAGCUGACAGCUCUGGUUGAUUGUCGUAGUCUUCAUAUGGAUUAUGUGCAGGCUCUGACAGGACUGUGCUAUGAUGGCGUGGAAGGCCUAAUUUAUUUGGUUUUAUUCUCCUUUGUAACUGCACUGAUGUUAAGUUCGAUUGUCUGCAGUGUUCCUCAUACCUGGAAACAGAGCAAGAGUCAUGUUGAUGAUGAUGGAGAUGAGGAUAUUGUGAGCCCACAAGGAAACCGCCAACAGCAUGACAAUCUGUACAGAGUUCAUAUGCCCAGUCUGUACAGCUGUGGGAGCAGUUUUGGCAGCGAGACCAGUAUCCCUGCCGCAGCACAUACUGUCAGCAAUGCUCCUGUCACGGAAUACAUGAGCCAGAACGCAACCUAUCAGAAUCCCCGCUGUGAGAACACACCUCUGAUUGGCAGAGAGUCCCCUCCUCCUUCUCUGUAUUUGGCUGCUCUGGACAAUGGCAGCCAUCUGAGCUGGCAGCCAAAGAACUGCAACAGUGCGAGAACGAACUCUUACUGGUAAAGAAGGCAGCAAACCAGAACAGUACUCGAACAGCAUGAGAGCCAAAUACCUCGCCACAAACAGGCCUGAAACCAACAGCAUCCACUAAGACUUAAGGAGAAAAGGAAAAAACUGGAACUUCCGCUUGUCCAAUGCCACUAAUACAGUUAAACUAACUUAAUGAGAGCAACACUAUUCUAUCAGUUGUACAGCAAUAGGUAGAUUAGUGAUUACUAGAAAUGAGUAAUUCUGCCAAAGUAAAUUGUGGUAUGAAUGCUUUGGGGAUGUGUAUUGUCACAUCUGUAGAUGCUGCACAACCUUUUCAGUCCUAAUAUCACGUUUUACAUAAUUCCAGUUUGCUCCAAUUUAAUGUUCUCUCAUUUCUACAUUGCAACAGGGAUGUCAGGAUAUAUAGGUGCGCCAGUCUAUCACCAUAUGAAGAAAACCACGAUAAUUGUAUCGGUUGGUUUUCAUGAUGUAAUAAUUGUAAAAUGCAUCAAUUGCUGUAGAUCAAUAAACAAUGAUUCAGAUUAAAACAAAGUUUGUAUUUAUCUGGAUAAGUUCACAAAGAUGGGAUGCCAAAAUAUUAUCAGAAUGCAGUGCAAUUGUUUCUGAUUGUCACAAACUCAAAAAGUAUUGUGGCAUCCCUAAGAUUUUAGGGAUAGAAAUGUGGAAAGACUUUACUGAGUUCAUGGUGAAGCCUGUGGUCUUUUAAGUUUGCUAUGGUUGUGAUAUCACUUUUAACCACUUUAAGUUGAAUAUUAGGGGGGUGUUUUAUCUGUGAUAAAGGUAUAUAUUGCCACAGAAAUAUUGUGUAAAUAUUGGGAAAAUGCACUAAAUCAAUUCUGAAAGCCCGCGAACUUAGGUAGCUAACCAGCAAUCAGUGUGGUUAAUCCGAUUCUAGUUAUCACUGGAAAUGCAUGUGUUGUAACUUCUGGAUUAGAAACUGCUUAAGAUUAAAAAAAUUACAUCAGAAAAUUUCCAGUCCUGACAGGUGCAUGUUUUCAGUAUUGCUUGGCAAAUGUUUUAAUCUGUUGCACAUCAGAUCCUUCCAGUACUUUUUUUGUAUUUUUUUUAAAUUGCAUCACAGUAUUACACAGUACCUACUGUAGUUUUGCUUCCAUUUUGUUUUAAUUUUAUUUGAGGUGCAAUUUCUCAUGCUUUGACCUGUACAGGCAUUUUUAUAUAUCAGUUUAUCUGAUUUAAGUGAGUUUAAUUGGCUCAAAGUUGUACAUUACUGGAAACAUAUCAAUGCAUCUAACCACUUGAGGUUAUAGCAUCCUUGCAGAUUAUAGAAUAGCUGCAUUUUCCUGUAAGACUCAGUUUUGUGGACUAUUAUCACAAGGUUUAAGUAGUAGAAUUUAGUAGAAUUAUUUACUUACUUUUAUCAGCUAGGUAAAUUAAAACCGUCAAAAUUUUUCUUCCUCACUCAUUAUUGCUGUCUUGAAAGAAAAAGUAACCACAAGCCUGAAUCGUGACAAUCCAGCGUUCAAUGUUUCUACUGAUUUGUAACGAUGGUGCUGUUUAACAAUCUAAUCAACUAUUUAUAGAACACAAUAUGGCAGUUCUGUCAUUCAGAUUCAAAUAGAAACAUUCCAACUUUGAUCGAGUUUGAGCGAUUUUGUUUAGUGUCCAGAGAAAGUUUGAAAUUAAAGUGCUCAAAUUUUAGGCAAGAUGCUUUCAAACAAAAUCGUCCAAUUUGUUCACUUUUUACUUCUCUAUACCUAGCAGCUGAGCAAUAAUAUGCCACAGAUUCCACUUAAACCUGAUGAAACAUUCCAAAGGCCUAACCCCUCAUCCCAGUCCAUGUUUAAUAUGUUCUUGUGAGAAGUAUGAAUUGACUCUAAUGCUAUCCCACCGCAACUGCAAGAAAAUCUGACUUUUUGCUCCUAAUAUCUAAAUAACACAUCCCAACAAACAGUCUAUACUUGAAAACCAUAGCGCUGCUGUUACCUUUCCAACAAACAGUGGAUUCAGUUCUGAGAUAAAAUAAAGUAGGAAUGGUUGCUCCAUAUGCUAGCAUGAAUAAAAUGAAUACUGGAAUUUUUAGAACUUUUUUGGGAAGAAUUGUUUCAACAACUUGUGACAAAUUAAACUAUGUUUAACCACUUCAUGUCUAGGUCUAUUACAGUAUUUUUUUUUUGCAAUCUCUAUAGUGGAACGUUUCUCUGGUAAUAUGGUAAAUACGGUAAUACACUCAAUUAAUUGAUGGAUAAAACUGUUAUGCACCAGCCAUUAUACACCAAAGUGAAAUCUGGAAUUGAAGCUCCCAAAACACAAAACAUGCAUUGUUCAACUUAUUGAAUACAGAAACUAGUUUUCACCGAUCUACAACCACAUUUUUACAUUUUUAUGUUGAAAUGAUCCCACUUCAGUUUAGACAUGUUUCACUCCCAAUUCUCUAACAAGGUACAGCUUUGCCUAACAUACCACCGACCAGCGUAGUUCCAAAUAGAUAUCCGUGUUGUGGUCUGAUUCAGCUUUUCUAAAGCUGAAUGGUUACAUACAAAUAUUCCCUAAAGCAUUGAUCCUUGCCCUCAAGUACAGUGACACACUCAAAUUGUGCUUCAAAAAAAAACUGAGCCACAUCCUGCAGCAGCAAGACAUAAAUUCUUCACUACAAAAACAAACAUCUAAAUUUACAAUAGGUAAAAGUCAAACCAAACCUGUUUUUACUGUUCAUCACAUGAAAUGUAGUGGUUAUAUAUUACUUGGAAGUUGGGGAAGGGAAUUAUGGAGGUCGAGCUUGAAUUUAGUAAGCACUGUGUUGCCAGCAGGGUUUAUAAAACCUUAAUUUUUUUGGAAGUUCUGUCCAUCGAGCAAAAAGUGGACAUGUUCUCCACUUCAUUCAGGUGUCGCUGAGCCUGACUGUUCUCUGCAGGAUAAUCAAAAGAAGAUUGGUGUAUUCAGCUGCAAGUAUGCACCUAUUCUUGAUCGUUUUCAGAAGCACAAUGUCGUUUUAAUUCUGUGACAUGUGGGUUUCCACAGUUUUAUCUUUUUACACCUUGGAAAGCACAUAACCAACCAUGCAACCUUGAAAAUGUGAAUGCUGGACACACUUGGGUGUAAAAUUGACCAUCAAACUAGACCUUGUGGUGAUUGUAAGAUAUUUGCUGUGAAUUUCCGAGGCACUGCAGAUUUAACCUUGUAGUGCCACUCUCUUUAUGUAGUACUUAAUGUAUUCUCUUGCUAGCAUGGGGACUCAAGUACUGAUAGAUGUUUGAAUUUCCAACCAGCAUUUUUUGCCAAAAAACCAUUUCAAAUGAACAGGUUACUUUAUGACCAAGGCUCUAUGGAAAUUAGCAACAAAACUCACAAGAUCUGUGGCUGUUUGCCCUACAUUUAGAUAUAUUUUCUCCUCAACUCACUGUUCAAAAGGUGAGAUUAAAAUAAUAGGUUUGUUUAAUAAAAGUGUCUAUUUCGAGAAGGUCUUAAGGUUAACUGCUGAUGGGAGAUUGGAAUUGGUGGAGCAAAAGGCAGCUCAGGCUUGUUGAAGUGGUCUUUAUACCUGUGAGGUUGAGUAAUGACAUGAGGUGCCUUUAUUGAGUGACAUUUUGCUCAGUAGCCACACUGAAUGUGAUAGCUGCCAUUGCAGCAGUGGGUGGUAUUUGAAACAUUUGUACAAAGUGAUUAUUACACACAACCUAUUUACAUAGUAUUGAUUUGUAAGCUUAACCCCAAAAGCUUUGUCCCAAAUGCAGCCACAUUUCACAUGGAGCCUGUUCCAACUUUCUUGCCUUUCCUCUCAGCAGCAAAACUCAUUUUUGUUUACAUUAAACUCCCUUUUUUUAAAAAAAGAAUAGUAAUCUAAAUCAAUUUUUAGUUUCAUUCAGCAGGUUAAAUGAUUGCAGUUCCAACAAAAUUGAUCUGGAACUUGAUUUCAGAUGUAGUUUGCCAAUAUUUGAAACUAUUGGAAAAUGCUGGCAGGUGAAAAUUUUGAAACGUAAAAUGUUGAGUCCUGUAUAAUCUAUUUAGUUACAUUGUGAACCAGAGUUACUCUGUUGUAUUAGUGUGACAAUCCUUAAGUGUUUUAAUAGAAAUUUUAUCAUUUGUAGAAAGCUAUAUCCACAAAUGAAUAUCUCUUGCACGAACAAUGGGCAUUGAUUGGUGAAAUGUAAUUUGCCUCUUAAUGCACUUUUUUUAACCAUUUCAAAUUAUUUGUUGUGUAACAUACUGCUUCAAUUUUUACUUAAUAUGUAACUUAUAACUGGUAAUUGUAGUAUCUAGUACUAGUGUAGCUUUGUGGAGCCUGUUUUUAAAACAGCAUUUUUUUUUGAUUAAAAGAAAUUAUGAAUGAUCCUGUGUACUAUUGCUCUUUUUAUUAUUUUUGCUAAAAAUUGCUCUAGCUCUUAAUAGAUUUAUAACAUUUUAAAAGAAGAUCUUUUUUUCCAAUGAGUAAAAUGUUGUAAAUGUCAAACCUGUGGUUUUCAUGAGCUUGAACUCAAUGUUUUCAAAAUGAAACUAAUAAAGUUUGUUGGACUUGC